AUGGCUAAGGGUACUUCUAAAGGCAAGGGAGCCGCUAGCUCUAAGCCUGCUAAGCCUACCGAGGUUCCUGAGGUCCCUGUGGAAACACCUAGCCUGUCUGGAGUUGAGCCUGCCGAGGAUACUGUUGGGGAAGCCAAUUCUGAGGUUGAUACAGAGGAUAAUUCUGAGGAUGACUUGUCGGAUCCUAAAGCCUUGGAAAAAGAGGUAUCUACUGCCGCGGGAAGGCUCGCCAGCGUCCGUGUAUCACCUGGGAGUGAAGCUCAGGACCCCAGCUUGCCCCCUGACCACGUGCCGUCAAAUAUUGAGGAUAAACGUCGAAAGGCUGGAAAUUUCAUGGAUACGAAUGUCGGGGACAUUAUAACUCCACAUCUAAAAGACACUCCAGCACAAAUCCGGAGUGAAAAGGAAGAACAGUCAGACAAUAAGCCCCCGUCAGACACAGUCAAGGCAUUAAUACCUGGCUUUGCGAACAAAAUCAUAGAUUCGACUUUAGUUAAUAAGAAGAUAAAGAUCACAGAUUGGGCAAAAUACAAUUUUAACCACGGGUAUGUCAGCCUUGACUUAACCAAGGUGGACUUUACAGAGUUAAAGUGUCCCUCAAGGAACUAUGUAUCCUGGAGACACGAGGCUGUGGUAAUAGAACAAGUUGAGAAAUGGCUAGCAGAUGGAGUGAUAGAAAUUAACUAUCAACAGACGCCAGUUAACUUGGCACUGCUAGCCGUAGACCAACAUAACUCUGACGGAUCGUUUAAGAAAGUCAGGAUCAAGCGCUAUAGGUUUGCACCGCUUGGGAGUGUGACCGAAAAUAUUCCAUGGCGCAGGGUCAUUAUUGAUCUGGUUGACCUGCCCACGUCCGAGCACACAAGCGACCGUUACGUAUGCCACUUCUUUGAUGUGGCGUCACGGUUUAACUUGCUCUAUCCAGCAAAGGAUAACAGUAUGCAGACCGUGGCAGAAUUAUGUUGCCAAGUCUUUGCUGACCACGGGUGGCCAGGUAUUAUGUGCAGUGAUAACGUUAGUGAGUUCUGCGAUAAUGUAAUGGAAUCGCUAGUACUCGUAUCAGGCAUAUGCCAUAAGAAAGACAAACACAUAUGA